AUGUCGCUAUCAACCGUCAUAGCGCAUGCAGCUGCCGAGACCGAUUCGGAGGAUGCAGCAUCGAGCUCAGACCACUCGAGCGACUCACUCGACUCGUCGUCUUCUCGCAAGAAGCGAAAGCUCUCUGAGCCCGCGCCUGAGCCUGCGCAGUUAUCAUCAGUGAACGCUCCGUCGAGGAUCAAGCGCAAGCAAGCGCCCAACGCUACAUCUCCAUCAUCAUCAAAGCCUGCGGAGAUACCUUCAGAGGGCCCAAUCACUGUCCCAAUCGACCACAACACAACUUUCGAGUCGCUGCAGCUCAAGCCAUGGCUCGUCCAGUCCCUCGCCAACAUGGCCAUCAGACGGCCCACUAGCAUUCAGCGAUUGACUAUCCCAGCUAUCCUCGAAGGCCGCGACGUCAUCGGUACCUCGAGGACAGGUAGCGGAAAGACGGUGGCAUUCGUUGCACCUAUUCUUCAGACAUGGGCCCAAGACCCAAGCUCCAUCUACGCCGUCAUUCUCACUGCCACGAGGGAGCUGGCCCUCCAGAUCUAUGAGCAAGUCAAGGCUAUUUCGGCUACCACAUCCUUCAAGGCUCUGCUUGUAACUGGGGGCUCUGACAUGAGAGCCCAAGCCAUCAGCCUCGCGCAGAGACCUCAUAUGGUCAUCGCAACAGCCGGCCGGCUCGCGGAACACAUCCGUAUGUCGGGAGAAGACACCAUUGCUGGCCUCAGACGAGUUCGAUACGUCGUCCUGGACGAAGCGGACAGGCUCCUGGCCGCCGGAGGACCUGGAAGCAUGUUGCCAGAUAUCGAGGAGUGCCUGGGAGUCUUGCCACCCUCAGAACGCAGGCAGACGCUACUAUACACAGCUACGAUUACCCCCGAAGUCCGUGCUCUCAAGGACAUGCCACCGAAGCCCGGAAAGAAGCCAGCUAUGGUGUGUGAAGUAGACACUCAGAAGCUCGCCGUCCCGGAUACGCUACAUCUUACCUACAUCCAAGUCCACGUCAACUUCAAGGAAUACUACCUCCACGCCUUCCUCCUUACUGAGGCCAACGUCGAGAAGUCAAUGAUAAUCUUCUGUAACCGAACCUCAACGGCCGAACGCCUCCAUCAUUUGCUAUUCCUCCUCGAGCACCGCGUCACGUCCCUGCACUCAAAGCUUCCAGGCCAACGCCAACGGACUGAUAACCUGAUGAGGUUCCGAGCCGGGGCAGCUAGGAUCCUGGUGGCCACCGACGUUGCGUCGCGUGGUUUAGAUAUCCCGGAGGUCGAAGUGGUUGUGAAUUACGACCUCCCGCAAGAAGGAGAUGACUUCAUCCACCGAGUCGGAAGAACAGCCAGAGCCGGCCGGAAAGGCGAGGCCGUCACGCUUGUAGGCCAACGGGGCGUCGACCGCAUCCUGGCUAUCGAGAAGCGCGUGGGCAAGAAGAUGGAGGAGUGGAAGGAAGAGGGCGUCAACCUGACAACGAGGGUAACGAGGGACUACAUGAAGGUCGUCGCCGAGAAGAAGCUGGAGGCUAACUUGAAUAUCGAGGAGCACCGCGAAGUUGGGGGCAAGAGGAAGCGGCAGAAGCUACGGCUGGAGUGA